AUGCUGACGGAAAAGUUUCUUCGACUGCAGUCCAUUUUCUUUCGUCUUUUGGGACUGGAAUUGCUGGACGAGCUAGACGAUGAGAGUCAUCGAUAUCCUCGGCAAAGCAUCUGCUGCAUCCUUUCGGUGGCCACAUUUCUUCCCCUCACCAUCGCAUUUGGCCUACAAAACAUCCAGAAUGUGGAGCAACUGACCGACUCACUCUGCUCGGUUCUUGUCGAUUUGCUGGCCCUCUGCAAGAUCGCAUUUUUUCUUUGGCUGUAUAAGGACUUUAGGUUUCUAAUACAGCAGUUCCACCAAAUCCUGCAGAGGGAAAAUCAGUGGUCGGUCGGUGCCAGAAAUAUAUCUAGAGAAAAUCAUCGUGAUCAGUUCAUCAGUGUCUUAUAUAGCUACUGUUUUGUGACGGCCGGACUUUCAGCCUGCCUGAUGUCUCCUUUGUCCAUGUUGAUCAGUUACCACCGAACAGGUCAACUGCAGCCGGAUUUGCCCUUUCCCAGCUUGUAUCCCUGGGAUAAUAAUCAUAUCCUUAACUACUCUAUAUCCUAUUUGUGGAAUGUAUGUGCUGCUCUGGGCGUGGCUCUGCCCACUGUUUGCGUGGAUACCCUUUUCUGCUCCCUGAGCCAUAAUCUUUGUGCUCUCUUUAGGAUUGCUAGAGAAAAAAUGAUGCACUUUGAGGGCAGAAGUCCUAGAGAAACCCAUGAGAACCUUGUGCAUAUAUUUAAAUUAUAUGAGGAGUGCUUGCAACUGGGAAAUUUUUUAAAUGAGUACUUCAGGCCACUCAUCUUUGCUCAAUUUGUGGCCGCCUCUUUGCAUCUGUGUGUCCUGUGCUACCAACUAUCUGCCCAUCUUUUAGAGCCAGCUAUGCUAUUCUACUUCGCUUUCACGGCAGCCAUUAUCGGCCAGGUUUCCAUUUACUGCUUCUGCGGAUCAAGCGUCAAUACGGAGAGUCAGCUUUUUGGCCAGGCCAUCUACGAGUGCAACUGGCUCCAUAUUUUGCGGGAAAACUGGCAGCUUGUGAGUUCUCUAAAGAUUGCCAUGAUGCGGUCGAGAAGGGGAUGCCCCAUCGAUGGUUACUUCUUCGAGGCCAAUCGGGAGACACUUGUCAUGAUUGUGCGCAGUGCCAUAUCCUAUGUAACUCUCCUCAGAUCGCUGGCCUAGCUGCCACAGGCCCCUUUUCAUUAUUCAGGG